AUGCGAGAUGGGCGCCGGUUCAAGGAAGAUUUCGACGUCCCAUUCGUGAGCCCUCAAUUCGAAAAGGUAGCUGCACAUCUUGGUGAGGUAAACCGGGUGGGCACCUCUGUCGACGCUGAGCAGACUUACGGCCCUUUUCGCUUCGUCGUUGCCGUACUCGACCGGAGAGAGCGCAUCGAUCAGUUCAACAAGACGCCGUGUGUCGAAAGCGUUGGCAGCGUCUUGUCUGUAUCAGUAAGUGCAUUUGAAGCCAAGAGCGCCCGGUUCAGCAGCCGCUAUGUGGCCAUUGAGAAAUCUGCGCCUGCUUGA